CGAGGGACACUUCAACUACGUGGAUCGAGUGCGCUUGCGUGAGCCUCAUAGUUUCAGUGGACCAGGCAGAGGAUCCGGGUGGCGGCAGAGAUCCUUCUCCAGCAUCGAUCUCUCCACCAGCAGCGGCCGCUCACGCGACUACGGCGGAUUCUACGAUCUCUACACACGCGUAGACACCGGUCGUGACUACGAGGACUUCUACGCAGUCAAUCACAAAGCGAGAAAGGGCGAUUCCAUAUACGAUCACGUUGAUCCGCUAUUCAACUCUGGCGGCGUUGAGGCGUGCAGUCUGAGACGUACACGAAGUUUGGCUGUAAUCAGGGAGGAAACGUUCAACGAUCUGCAAAUAAGUGGUGUCCGAACGCGACGCUCACAAUUAAUUCCACGCGCCAAAUUGGUGGAUAGGAAUUUCUUUCAAGAGAGAUAUAAGGCGAAAAAGGACGACGACGACGCGGCAAGUGCAAGAACUCACACGUCGCAGGAAUCUGAUGAAUUUUAUGCAAAUCUAAAGCGACUCGACACAUCAACUCAGCCCACAUCGAGCACAUGGCAGAACGAGAAGAGUGACUUGGACAGUUUAGACUCGAGCUACUUCAAGAACUCCUCGCAUCAGGCAUCGCUCGAGCUCAACAAGGAUCAACUCGAGGGCAAACAUCUCGAGACAGAAAUCGACAUUCACUGCUCCGAUCCGAGGAUUCUCGCAGACACCACAACAUCCAAUUCCGACAGCGUCCCAGAUCACUGUCCAGGUGAACCGGGUGAUAAGAGCUCUCUGCCGGAAAUUCAGCUGUUGGACGACAUUCUACAGACGGAGGAUCAGAAGAUCGCCUCGCAGAACAACACAUUGAAGUGGUUGAAAGCCAACGAGCGCGAACACGGUGAGGAAUUCCAUCGCGAAGGAAUUCCCGAGGAGCGCUCAAAGCUCAUCAUCGAACUCAACAGUGACUCGACAAAGUUCCGUGACGAUCUCAAGAGUGUCGUUUCGUACGAUUCCAUCUAUCUGUCCUCGGAGACGAGUGAUCGACAAACCGUGAUCAACGAGAGUCUGUGCGAUCCACUGCCCGAAGUGACAAUCUCCUCAGGCGAUGGCACAAUUCACAUCACAGUGGAUGACUAUGAUGAGGUGUUGAGCAGAAGUCAAUACGUGGAUCCACGAAUAGCUGACGAUUUGGACACUUUGUACAGUCAAGUGAACAAAUCAAAACCUAAAAUUGUCGGCAUCGAGCACAAGACUUCAGUGACAAAUCUCACAACAUUCUCAGACAUCUCCAAUCGCGGCACACUCGAACGAUUAACUCUCCUCACGACAAAUCGCCUCUUGAACGACAGCAAGAUCAACAGGGACAUUCAGGGAAAACUCGUGGAGAAUCACUAUUGCAGUUUGCCGGACAUAAACAUUGGAAAGUGCUUGAGAGCAUCGGAGAGAAUUGACGCCAAGUUGCGACUUUCGUGUGAUAUUGAGGAAGAGAAAUCUAUCUACGAUUCGAUAUCACACUUUGGAAGAGCGCACAAGCGACUUCGUCAGCGAGAGAAUUGCGAAGUUGUAGUCUUGAAUCCAAUAUCAAUUGAGGAACAACCACGAGAAGCGCCCAGUAUUGAAGUUGAGACGCCAAUCAAGCAAGUGGAAGACUCAGAUUCCACCACUGAAUAUCUCAGUCAAUUGGGUUUGGACACAGAGGCACAGCAGAACUCCUUGGACACCUUCUCGGCAGCUUCCGAUCAGGAGUGCUCGAUAGGAUUGGGCCAGCAGACGGCGUACGCUGUGAAUAUCGGUGGGAAGAAGGUGAUUGUGGACGAAGUGGAUAAAUUGCAUCUGCAAGAGGCCGAGGAACGUCUAAAGUCAGUGUCAGUGAAGCGCUCAAACAGCCUGCGAGACAGUGAAGUGCUGAAAGGAAGCAUUGAAGAGAGGAACUCUGAGAUUAAAAUCUUCAUCACAGAUACAAGUGGUGAGACAAAGGAAGAGUGUGGAAAUUGUUUCCCACCAAGUCCACCACUCAAGUGUCUGCCCGAAGAGAGUCUUCCCUGUUCAGAGGAUCAAGCAGACUCUGGCACGCAAGACAACGCGUCAAUCAUCUCUGAAGAGGAAGUGUUCAAUGCGCGCCCGAUAAAGGUUGUGGACGAGGUGAAGUCACUCAAUGAUAGAAGUGCAAACGGCGUCAAGGAGGAUUGUCUAAAGUCAAAGGUACUCAACGGGAAGCGCCAAGUGGAGAUGCCUCGUCCGCAGAUUCUGCACAUUGUUGAGCCGACGAAGAAGACAAAACCGACGGUGUCUUUCAAUCUGCAGCCGCCAAAUCCGCCGCCGCCGCCACCGCCGCCGCUGCCUGAGCCAAAUGCCGACGAGAUUCAGCAGGAGUUCCACGACAAAGUCGACUCCAUUCGCUGCUACUGGUCCAAAUUGGCCACCUCGAGUGACGGCGAAGACACCGCGACGGAGACUGAGACGCGCUCGCGCGACGAGAGCGACUUGCCACAGCUCACCUCAGUGGAGAACAUCGUGAAGACAAUUGAGGGCGAUGUGGGCGAUAAGAAAGUCUUCAACUCGGGCAAAUUCAACGGUGAGAAGAGCUUCUGUCCCACCGUGGAGAUCAUCGAGCUGGAUGGCAAGACGCAAACGGCAGUGGUGAAGGCCAAAAGUGCUGACAAUGACUUUGAUCAUGUGCGAUAUAAAGUGAUGAAAUCAGACACCUUCCAGAAGAAUCUCCUCACACAGUCGCGCCGCGAGGCGCAAUUUGAUGGAUUGAUGCAAUACCUGCAAGACUACAGCUUUCAGUUUAAUCUGCAGGAAUUGCUGGCCAACAAUAACGUGGUGAUCAUUGAGCCCGUACGCACGAAAAUAGAGAAAAUCAGUGAUAAACCCGUGAAACACCACCGACCGGCGUGUCGGAUAACAGGAGGUGCGGGCAAGGCAAAUGAAAAGGGUAAAAAUGGACUCAAGAGACAUUUCUUUUAUCACCCAGUUAGGGUAAACAAGGAAUUGAUUGAUGAGGAAUUGCCAACGCCCGACACAGUGAGAAAUGUGCGAAAGCUCUUUGAGGGUACAUUGCGUAUGAGAAAGGAUCAUCAUCCGUCUGGUGGUGGUCACAAGGCCUCACCGGGCAUUGGUGUCAAGCAUACCGAUUGCCUGAGGAAGAAAACAUUGAGGUAUUUAGCUAUUGACACAUCAUCUUACGACGAUGCCCGUGGCAGCAUUAGGAAAUGGGACUCUGCUAGUCUUUCAAGUGGCAUCUCCAGCGGCGACCUCAGCUCACCCUGCGAGUGCACCGCCACCACCGACCACCCCGACACCCUCUUCACCGCCGACGGUCACAAAGUGAUCCACUACUCCAGCGAAGAGAACCUCUGCGAUGACGAACUUUGUGAUACACACUACGUAAGUCAGGACGUCCUGGAGAAGAUCCGCGAGCGCGGCUCCUCUGUCACGUACUACGGCGGCCGCGUGGUGGACAAGAAGUCCAGCGUCAGCCCCAUGACGAAGGCUAUCAUGCAGGAAAUCAGGGGGACGCAGCUCAAGUGCGGCGCUUGUCAGCCCCACAACUGCCCACAGACGGAGGAACUCACCGCCAAGUUCCAGAGAUCCGACAACAAUUAUCUCGGAGUCAAGUUCAAGUUGGUGAAGUCCAACAGCUGCAGCAGUCGCCUGGAGCUCGUGGGCACGGGAAAACUCAACACGCCCAGCCGGAAGCCCGAUCCGGAUGAGCGCCUGAAGGAGAAUGGCGAGGAGUCGCUGGAUAUUCCGGAAACCGAGCAGUCGGUGAGGACAAUUGUCGAGCGUCUGGAGACGGGAACAAUCCACCAGAAGCCCGUGCCGCGGAUAAUUGAGUCGAAGUGCAUCGAGAAGAUUGACGAGAACAAGAGUCAGGACGGCACGACGAUGACCAUCAACAAUCAAUUGACGGAGGGAAAAGGCGGUGAUCAUCGUCUUGGACCUGUUGAGCUCAUCACUCAAGUCACCGUGAAUAAUCACAUAAGCUUCUGCACGCCAGCAGCCAAGGAGGCGGCGACAAAGACCAAAGUGUGUCGCAACAAGAACGUGGAUUUGGCCUUCAGCAUGAGCAACAACCACAAGAGUCAGCCGACACCAAAGCCGACCAAGGAUAAGGAGAAUCACGCGAAGAAAGCCUCGCAAUCACUCGAGAACUUAGUCAAUGGGCGCAGCACAGAGCAGACUUUCCGGGACAUCAAGGGACACUUGAGUGAAUCCGGCAAGGCCAAGAUAACAUAUCGCCAGCAGAAAUCCCACUCAAUCGACAGCGAGACGCACAGCACGCCGGUCAUGAGGAGAUUCUCCGAUCACAUUCUGUACGAUAAGAACAGCGCAGACAAGGCGCCCGAGUCCACACCCACUCAAUCCCUGGGAAAUCUCCAACAGACACCCGGCAAGAUGGUGAAGUGGGGCACAUUGAAUAAAUUCGACGAGAAGAACUAUGUGACAAACGACGUCAAGCUGAAGCAGAAGAAAAAGUACGACGAAAUGGAAUUCGAGGAAUUCGAAGUGCUCGAUCCCAAUGGCGAGUGUUACGACAGUCUCAACAGUUGCAAAUGAGACAAGAUAGUCCACCCCCUUUCCCCACCCUCCCUCCCUUCUCAUUAGCAUCAAUCAUUCUUCAACUUCCAUCGCUUCUCAUCAUCCAAUGAUUACGAUUAAAUGUGUAGAAUUUAUCCAAAGCGAAGAAGGAAAAAAAAGAACGAAUAAGUUUAAUCAAAUUGAAAUGUAUCAGUAUUUCUUCCCUCCCACUCACAAUUUCUCUUUACUGUUUUAUUUUUCCUGUUUAAGUUAUAAUUUACCAAUGAAAAAAAAAUGGAAGAAAAGAAAUCACAUUAGAAUAUUGCAUAGAAAUAUUUCGGUUGUGGUUUAUUUGUUAUCCUUUUCCUCAUCAAAUGAAAUGCAAUUCAACAAUUCAUCGCGUAUAUAAACUGUCCAAAAUAACAUACAUUUGUACUACAUAUUGUAACUUCCUCAGUGAGUUAAUAAAUCAAUUUGUCAAUCCUA